GCUCGCAAGCCCCGCCCCGCUCGACGUGUUCAGUUCUGCAAAAAAUGUUUGCGAUUCGCUCUGUUAAAAUAAUCGCCCCCUUACUGGGCAGGUACCCGCUGCCCCUGGGGCAACCGCUGACGGGCAGGGGUAAGAGCGCCCUGGCACACGCUGCGGAGAUUCUAGAGCAGGAGCUGGCGGGGAUCAAGCACGCCGGGACGUGGAAAAGCGAGCGGGUUAUAACCUCGAAGCAGGGGGCGCGGAUCAGCGUGGAAGGGACGCGGGCCGAGGUGCUCAAUUUCUGUGCCAAUAACUAUCUGGGGCUUUCGAGUCACCCGGAAGUGAUCUCGGCCGGGGUCGCGGCGCUGCAGAAGUACGGGGCGGGGCUUAGCUCUGUGCGCUUCAUCUGCGGGACACAGGAUUUGCACAAGAGUCUGGAGAGGAAGCUGGCUGAGUUCCACCAGCGGGACGAUGCCAUUCUGUACGCCAGCUGCUUCGACGCCAACGCAGGGAUAUUCGAGGUCCUGCUCUCCUCUGAGGAUGCGGUCCUGUCCGAUGAGCUCAAUCACGCCUCCAUUAUCGACGGGAUCCGACUCUGCAAAGCCCACAAGUACCGGUACCGACACCUGGACAUGAGAGACCUGGAGAGCAAGCUUCAGGAGAGCCAGAAGCAUCGUUUGCGUCUCAUCGUCACAGACGGUGUUUUCUCGAUGGAUGGAGAUGUGGCUCCUCUUCCUCAGAUCUGUGACCUCGCGGAGAGGCACGGAGCUCUGAUCUUCAUCGACGAGUGCCACGCCACGGGCUUCAUGGGAGCCACGGGCAGGGGCACGGACGAGUUGCUGGGAGUAAUGGAUCGGGUUCACAUCAUCAACUCCACACUGGGGAAGGCACUGGGAGGGGCUGCAGGUGGGUACACAGUGGGUCCCGCGCCCCUCAUCUCUCUCCUCAGACAGCGGUCUCGCCCGUACCUCUUCUCGAACACCCUGCCCCCCCCCGUGGUGGGCAGUGCCGCCCGGGCGCUGGAGCUGCUGAUGGGGGAGGGCGGGAUCCAGCGGAGCGUGAUGGAUCGCACACGGAGGUUUCGCAGUAAGAUGGCAGCGGCCGGGUUCUCCGUCUCGGGGGCGGAGCAUCCCAUCUGCCCCGUGAUGUUGGGGGACGCCCGGCUCGCCUCGGCGAUGGCAGACGACCUGCUGCAGAGAGGUAUCUAUGUUAUUGGAUUCAGUUACCCCGUGGUUCCUAAAGGCAAAGCCAGGAUCCGGGUUCAAAUCUCGGCGGCGCACUCCGACGAUGACAUCGACCGCUGCGUUGAGUCCUUCGUGGAGGUCGGGCGCAAGCACGGCGUGGUCUCCUAGCAACCAGCAGCCAU